GCCACCGCUGCAGAUCCAGAGCCAUGGCUUAUCGCGCCGACGACGUGGUGGGCGCGAUCGGUGAGAUCGGCCGGUGGCAGGUGCGGCUGAUACUGCUGCUAUCGCUGGUGGGCAUCGAGUGCGGCUGGCAAGUGCUGCUCAUCAACUUCCAGGCUCCGCCGGCCGACCACUGGUGCGCGUCGCCCACCGCCCACGGCAACCAGAGCCAGUGGCGCCACCUGGACCCUGCGGACCAGCGCACGGGUGUGGAACGAGAGCCUUCGCAGUGCAGCUCGUACAUCCCAGACGCCGGCGGGGCCACUGGGGCCACCACUCGCAACAACAGUACAACACCAUGCAACGCAUGGAAUUAUGAUACCUCAGAAUACAGCAAUACCAUCAUUAUGGAGUGGGACCUGGUGUGUGAGCGCAAGUGGUUGCAGAUGCUCACCCAAGCCACGUACAUGAUCGGCAUCAUGUUUGGAGUAAUGUUCUGGGGGAUUGCUGCUGACAGGUACGGUCGAAGACCCACUCUGUUCGCCUGCAUUGUGCUGACUUCGUUCUUGGCCAACCUCAUCGCGGCCGCCGGCAGCGUCGAGCAAUUCCUGGUAUUGCGCUUCCUAACGGCGUUCUGCGGGAUCGGCGCCUACACUUCCAGCUUUGUCAUGAGUAUGGAGCUGGUCGGCGACAGGUGGCGCGUACUGCUCGGCAUCGCCUUCUUCCUGCCCAUGUCCUUCAGCUUCAUCGCCCUCAGCGGCAUCGCCUACUUCAUCCGAGACUGGCGGAUGCUGCAGCUGGCCGUCUCACUGCCCAGCGUUCUCUACGUGGUGUACUUUCUGGGCGGCGAGGCGGGAGCCGGCCGGCGCGCCGAGGCCUGUCUGGACCUGAUCACCAACGGGCGCAUGCUGGCGGUGACCGGGUGUCUCUUCUUCGGCUGGUUCGUCAACAGCCUGGUGUUCUACGGAAUAUUGCUUAACACGGGAGACUUUGGCGAGGACAUCUACUUGAACGCUUGUCUCGGUGGCGUGGUGGAGAUACCGGCGUACGCGCUUUGCACGUACGCCACCUACCGGCUGGGUCGGCGGCGACCCAUCAGCUGCACCAUGGUCGGCGCCGGCCUUGCCUGCCUGCUCACCCUGGCCUGUGAGAAAGGUGCAUAUCAGUACGACUGGCCGAUAGUCUCUCUGGCCAUGAUCAGCCGGUUCUGCAUCACGGCCUCGUUCGGCUCCAUCUACAUCUACUCCGCCGAGCUGUUCCCCACGGCCGUGCGCAACACCGGGCUGGCCAGCUGCUCCUUCGCCGCCCGCUUCGGUGGUAUCCUCGCCCCUCUCCUCCUACUGUUGCGUGACGAGGUGCACCCGGCCUUCCCGGUGGUGGUGUUCGGACUGGCGGCGAUGGUGGCCGGCCUGACCAUCCUGCUGCUGCCGGAGACUGCCGACCGGCCCCUGCCGGAGUGCAUCGCCGACGUGGAGGGCAAGUGA